GCAAUUGCGUGAAACGUAGCGGCACGGAUUUCGGAGCUGAAAACCCCCUCUCCUUUCAGGCCUGAAUAAUAACGUAAUUUAUUUGGGUAAAAAAUAAUAUAAAUUUCUGUUAUUUAUUCUUCAAAUGCGCGGGUUUAACUUAUAAGAUGUCAUUCUUAAAAUUAGCAAGAAGUAAUUUAAAGAAUUAUUCAGUAAAUGAAGAUGAAACAGUAUCUGGUUUUUUUGAGUCAAAAGAAGCAUAUGAUCGGUUUUGUAAUGAACUGAAAGUUGCGGGUUAUUAUUUUUCUAUCAGAGACAGUGAAGUGCAUGCUGCAUCAAGUGAAAAUAUAAAUGAGCCAAAUUUCUAUUUUAAAUAUCACCGUGGCAUUAAUGUGCCAAAAAUUGAUUUUUUUGGGGCACCAUUUUCAAUUGAGAAGCGAACAUUUAUGCAGUGUUCACAGGGUCCAAAAUAUUACAGCUCAAAACAAACCUCUGAUCAACUGUCUGACCAUCCGAAUUCAGCUAAGCGAAGAUUAUGUAUACAAAAUACAAAAAAACUUGGAUGCCCUGCAUUUAUGGCUGUUAACUGUGUGCGGGUGUAUGAAGAAUAUUCAGCACCUGAUCAUAAAUUGAAGAAACGUUCCGUUUGGUCUGCAUGACGUGAUGGCAAAUGAGGCUCAGCGGCUCAGCGCCAUGAUCAAGAGAUACGACGAGCUGAUCGCUCGCGAGGAGAGACUGUUGAAGCAGCGGACCAGGAACGGGGCAGCCAGCCCCGGGACUAGCGUCGUGAGCCAGCAGCAGGCGAAAAGUGUCGAGUCCGACAAGUUGCUGACCCGGCGUCUCCAGAGAUGCGAACGGAUGAACAACUUGAAGUUUGUAGACGAGCACAUCCAGCAGCUGUCCAGUGACUUGUUCCGGUACGAAGCUACGGGGAUCUCGGGGCCGAUCGAGUUCCAUGUCUGCUUCGAUGUGGAGCAGUCCGAGGAUGACGAAGGAGAGGUUGGAUUGAACAGAGUUAUUAAGUCGAUAGAAAUAACUCUCCCAGAGCCAUUCCAGAAACUGGAGAUAUCAGUUUGGCUGCCCGGCUGUGUGCGCAACAACGACCUUCAGACGAUCCUCCGGUGCAUACCGGUGUACGGGGAGCUGUACACGGCGAGACAGACGGUUGUCGAGUGGUUGGAGAGAGAGUAUCGAAGAUUCUUCACGGUGGACAUCAGAGUGGAGAUUGGCGGCAUGCUCAUAACCGCUCAUGACGAGCAGAGGAGGACGUACUUCGAGGUUGAGUGGAAGAUCGUGAAGGAUCCCCGUCAUCAGUCAGUAUGCCACUCUCUCUUUUUCAGUGUGUACAAAUCUUUUGCUGCAACACUUUCGCUCAAGUGUGAUGAAGCAUUUAAAUAUCUUGCAGAAGAUGCAACAGCAAAGCUCGAGAGUCUGAUGAAUAACUGGCGAAUCGUCGCAGAUGCAGUUUCAGGAGCUCAUGUAACUGAUAGCGAUACUUCUCUUGACACCUGAAUUUAUCCUGUUGUGUGCGUCCGUACUAAUACCAAUUCGCAGUACUGUCACCACUGAUACCUGCUACCAGAGCCAGUACUGAUUGUGCCAGAAAUACGCGAAAACACUAAAUAAAAUUUAUAUUAUUAUAUAUAUUAUGAUGUAGCUACAUAGAGUAUAUUUUAUGUUUUUUACUGUUUGGAGGAAUUCUUGCUCCGUUUGCCCACAUAAAACCUGAAUAGAUAGGUGUAGGUUUACAUUCUAAUGACCUAUUCUAUUAGCAUGCAAAUACUGUAUGACUUGGUUCAGAGCCUAAUAACGUCUGUAGCUGGCACCGGGAAUUGGUAUUGUGUUGGUCUACUGUCGAGGUUGGGAGUAAAGCUAUAAGUGGCCCAGGAGUUCUGUGAACUGUGUAAAGAGCAAAAAUUGUGAGUGGAGCACACAACCUUUUUGAUUUUUAUUUUUAUGUCACAAUAGUUUUUUUGUGCAAUCCGUUGAUAUAUUUUCCUAUAUAUUUACUGCUAAUUUUUUCACCAAAUUCAUUGUCUGUUUUUUGUGCAAGUAUUCAUAAGUAAGCAUUUAGAAGAGAAACCUUUUGUUUAGCUAAUCCUAUCGUAUUUGCUCACCAGAAGCUUAUAUUUUUGCAUCUUUGCAACUGAGUAAUGCAUAUAACUAAACAUGUAGUUUUGUUUUCUCCCCAAAUUUUUCUUUGUGAAAUUGUAUAAUUACGAAGAAACAAUAAUCCACAUGUGUGCAGGUGAACCUGAAGGAAUGUGGUAACUUGUCUGCAAGUAUACGACCAGCUGUAGGUGUGCUUGUAGAGAGCUGAAGUUGGCCAAUAGCUUUUUGUAUGGCUUUGUUUACUUUAUUGGAUGCUCGUUAUUCUGGGCCCAACUCGAUAGAAACGUUGGACCAGACAUCAAAUAUGAGUGGUAUAGGCAAGUGCAGUUCAAAAGUUUGAACAGGAAAAACCUCAAUAUGUUCAACCCACUUGUACAUCCAGACUCUAAUAUUUCUUCUUUCUCACAUGAUUUAUAUAGCAUAUUGCAUAUAUAAAUACUGUAAAUACAUACUUAUUAAUAUGCAUAAAUAUACAUGCAUCUCCAGGCAUUCAAAGAUGCAAAUUUUGGAUGUAGAUACAUAAAUAUUCAGUUUAUUCAGUAAAAGCAAACCUGUAAAUACAAAAUUAUAAACCAUAUUUGAUUAUGUAUAACAUCUCUGCCUGAUCUUGUUCUGUCUAGUCUCGUUUUUGAGCAUUCGAAUUGCCAGCUGUAUAACCAAAGUGCUUUGUAGGGAUGUGCAACAAUUUUACAUUACUUCAGGCAGGAUUAUACAGAACACUUGCCAAUUUUGUCAAAUAUUUGAUUCAUGUAUCUAUGUUGCAUAUAAAUUUAGUAUUUAAAAUUUUAUUUUUUGUUUGAUUUUAACUUUAUAUAUAUGAAGAAAAAAUAAACUACAUAAAAUAAA